GUUUGAAGCAUUGGGCAGUGAGUGGGAAAAGCGAAAGAAGAAAGCCCUAGAAAAUAAUAGAAAGAACGAAGAGAAAAUCUCUCAGAUGAAAUGGGAAAUGGAGAUUGACGAAAUCGAAGCUGUCCUGGAGAAGAUCUGGGACUUACACGACAAGCUUAGUGACGCCAUUCACUCCAUCUCUCGAGCUCACUUCCUCAGCUCCAUCCAAUCUCACAGAAAGUUCGAUAGGAAGAAGCCCUCCGCUGCCUCCGCCAACGACGCCGUUCCCGGACCCGGAGGUUUUGUUUUCGUCAAGGACUUUCGUCUCGACCACGAUGACGAUUCUGCCAUUCGGGAAGCCAAGAGCCUCAAUGCUAUUCGGACCGCGCUCGAGAACCUCGAGGACCAGCUUGAAAUUCUCCAUACUGUACAGGCACAGCAACGAGUUGAGAGAGAUGCUGCCCUUGCACAGUUAGAGCAAAGCCGAAUUGUUCUUGCAAUGAGACUGGCUGAACACCAUGGAAAGAAGUACAAAGUCAUUGAAGAAGCUCUUGCUUUCGUGGGAGAUGUCCAAGAAGCUAAUCAAUUUGUUUCUCCCGAAAAACUUUAUGGUACUCCAUUCAGUCCAUCUGGUGAGAACUUGGCAACCCGUGAAGGAAAGAGGUCUAACCUCUUGUAUAAUGUCCUCAUUUCAAGUUUUAAUUUUGCAAAGAAAACCCUUAAAUUGGAGUGUUUCGGUGGUGUUUUGGGCAACGCAGCACUGGUUGCAAUUAGCAUGAUUGCAUUGCUGCAAAUGCAACAAGUAGCACACAGGGAGGACAAUCAUAUGCAUGAAGAUAUUGUCUACCGAAGGGUGAGAAAAGCAUCCCGACUCCAGGACUCCUCGUCUGACGAUAAUUUGAGCAACUUGGAUGUGCUAUUGGCUAGGGGUUAGAGUGAUCUUUGUACUUGCUUUAGCCAUUAUAUCAUAACAAUAGCAAGACCAGCUAUAAAGAAGGGAAAAAAAAGUUUUGUACGUCAUUUUUUUUUACCACGAGAGUUAAAAGAGUGAUUAAUGUGUGAUUCCAGAAUGCUUAUCAUGCCUUGUAUUUUUUUUAGUGUUUCCCUAGAUUUUUCUUAUGUAGGAAAUAGAGUCAAGUUGCCUGUUUUCUUGAAGUAUACAGAUUAUUCACCUCUUUUUCUUGGUUACUCGAAACUUAAUCUGUAUAUAACAAGGGCUGAUUGAUCCUAUGUGUAAUGUAUGUAAAUUGAUCUACAUUAGUUUC